AUGCGCCGGAGAGACAGUCGCCGGAGAGACAUGUGCCGGAUAGAUAUGUGCCGAAGAGACAUGUGCCAGAGACAUGUGCCGGAGAGACAUGUGCAGGAAAGACAUGUGCCAAAGAGACAUAUGUCGGAGAGAUAUGUGCCGGACAGACGGGUGCCGAAGAGACAUGUGCCGGAGAGAUAUGCUCCGAAGAGACAUUUGCCAGAGACAUGUGCCGGAGAGACAUGUGCUGGAGAGAUGUGUGACGGAGAAGUGAUAUGUGCCAAAGAGACAUGCGCCGGAGAGACAUGUGCCGGAGAAAUAUGUGCCGAAGAGACAUGUGCCAGACAUGUGCCGGAGAGACAUGUGCUGGACAGAUGUGUGCCGGAGAGAUAUUUGCCAAAGAGACAUGCGCCGGAGAGACGGUCGCCGGAGAGACAUGUGCCGGAGAGAUAUGUGCCGAAGAGACAUGUGCCAGAGACAUGUGCUGGACAGAUGUGUGUCAGAGACAUGUGUUAA